AUGGCAACCGUUCCUCUGGCAUCAGCUGUUCUAAGAAGGCUUGAGGGCAAGGUGGCUCUGAUCACCGGUGGUGCGGAAGGCAUCGGCGAAGCCACGGCAAGACUCUUCUCCAACCAUGGCGCUAAAGUCGUUAUAGCUGACAUCCAAGACGACAGAGGUCACUCAAUUUGCCAAGAGUUACAUAAAUCAUCAGCUUCCUAUGUUCACUGCGACGUCACAAAUGAAAAAGACAUCGAAACUGCCGUGAACACCACGGUUUCCAAAGUAAUGAUCCCUGCUCGACGAGGUAGCAUAAUUAACACAGCUAGUGUUGCUGGAAACAUAGCUGGUACGACGACUCAUGCUUACACAAGUUCAAAGCACGGUGUGGUGGGGCUGACGAGAAACACGGCGGUCGAGCUUGGACCUUUCGGUAUUCGGGUGAAUUGUGUGUCACCUUAUAUUGUUCUUACUCCGAUGGCUAAGAAAUUCUUAAAGGUAGAUGAUGAUGGGAUUCUAGGGGUUUAUUCUAACCUAAAGGGAACAAAUCUUAUGCCAAAUGACGUGGCUGAAGCUAAUCUGUACUUGGGAAGUGAUGAAUCUAAGUAUGUUAGUGGUCACAAUCUUGUUGUUGAUGGAGGAUUUACAGUGGUAAACAAUGGAUUUUGUGUCUUUGGACAAUCUGUUUGA